CUGAGGCCUCACUCUAGGAAAUAUUGCUGAAGCAUUAUAAAGAUUGAAAUUAUCUCCAGUUUUCACUGUUGGCGAGCAUGAAAAAUUCAUGGAUUUUCCUUUUGAGAGAUGAUUGUGUCUGUGGAAAGCUCCAUUAAUAUAACGGUCAUGUGACACGAUACAGGAAAGAUAUUUUUGACCUAUGUUAGAAAAACAAAAAGAUAUUGAUACCCUAAGGAAGCAAUUGGAUACAUUAUAGAGGCUUUGUUUACCCACAAUACCCUGUGGCAGGCUUUCGCAUCAAAAUAAAGAGUGUUUUAUUCCCACAUGGAUCUUUUUUGGAACGUCUCCCAAGAAUGAAAUAGCAAAUCUUCGAGGAUAAACACCUAAAACAGGUGGAAAGUGAAGAAUCUAAGUAUUGAAAGAACAUCAGGCCACCAUGCCAGGAAUAGGUUUUAUCCGAGUCAAACUUUUACAGGUGGAUAAAGGCCAGACUGCCACUAAAUCAGAACCGUUCGACCCAUUCGUUGCUGUUAAUGUCAAAGAAACUGUAAACUCCCCAGGUCAGAAACCACAGUAUGUACAGAAGAAGAGAACGAUAUACCCAGAAUGGAACACUUGUUUCGAUGCUCACAUUUAUGAAGGUCGAGUCAUUAACAUGAUUGUCAACGAGAAGCCAAACAAUAUGCUGGCUGAGGUAACCAUCAGCGCUCGGGCCCUGGCUGACAAGUGUAAGGACGGCAGUAUAUCCACCACAUGGCUGGAUUUGAAGCCCUCUGGUAGAUUACAAAUACAGAUUCGAUUUUUCUCCGAAACUGAAGAGGUAGCCCCGGGACCUUCCCUGAAGUCCAAAGAACAAUUUCCACAAGAAUCGGAAAAAGGGGGAGGAAUCACUAGAAGAAGAGGGGCCAUUAAACAACAGAAAGUUCACGAGGUCAAAGGUCACCAGUUCAUUGCCAAAUUUUUCCGACAGCCCACCUACUGUUCAUUCUGUAAUGAAUUUCUUUGGGGACUCAACAAACAAGGCUACCAGUGUAAAAUAUGUAAUUGUGCUGUCCAUAAGAAAUGUCAUGAAAAGAUUCUUGGACAAUGUCCAGGCAGUGCCAAAGACAGCCGUGAAACCAAGCUGAUGUCAGAGAGGUUUAAUAUCAAUGUCCCCCACAGAUUUAAGGUUAACAACUACAUGUCUCCCACAUUUUGUGAUCAUUGUGGAACUCUGCUGUAUGGGUUGUUUAGACAGGGACUCAAAUGUGAAGUGUGUGGGACAAAUUGUCAUAAGAAAUGUGAGAAGUUCAUGCCUAACUUAUGUGGAGUUAAUCAGAAAAUGUUAGCAGAGGUUCUUCAGCAGGUCAGGAAAGCGCCCUCUGUCAGUCAACGAAAGGCCGGCACGGGAACUGUGAACCAAGAGGAAAGCAGCUCAGAUGAUGAAGCUCAGGGAUAUGAACAAAUCUGGGAGAAAAAUGGCCCCCCUCUGGAGCCCCCAGGCAGUAAACCACCAGCUGCUCCCAGACGGAAAUUCUCCCCCAACGAUUUUGUUUUCCUGAAAGUUUUAGGCAAAGGAAGUUUUGGAAAGGUUAUGCUAGCUGAGCUGAAGGGUCGAGGGAAAUAUUAUGCUGUCAAGGUCCUGAAGAAAGACGUGGUAUUGGAGGACGACGACGUAGAGUGUACAAUGAUUGAAAAACAAGUGCUGGCCCUGGGCUGUCAGCAUGCCUACUUAACUCAUCUACAUAGUACUUUCACCACACAAAGCCAUCUUUUCUUUGUCAUGGAGUAUUUAAAUGGAGGGGAUUUGAUGUUCCAUAUACAGCUCUCUGGGAAGUUUGAUAUGCCCCGAGCUCAAUUCUAUGGUGCAGAAAUUUUGUUAGGAUUACAGUAUUUACAUACCAGAGGAAUUGUAUACAGAGAUCUUAAGCUAGAUAAUGUUUUGUUGGAUCGGGAGGGGCACAUAAAGAUAGCUGACUUUGGAAUGUGUAAACUGAAUGUGUUUGACGAGAGGAAAGCUACAACAUUCUGUGGUACUCCAGACUACAUCGCCCCCGAGAUUCUAAAAGGCUGGAAAUACAACCAGUCAGUAGAUUGGUGGUCCUUUGGAGUGUUAUUAUACGAAAUGAUGAUUGGCCAGUCACCUUUCCAUGGAGAUGAUGAAGAUGAUCUGUUCCAUUCCAUUAUGAACGACACUCCACACUACCCAAGAUGGCUUUCCAAGGAGGCAGCUUCCAUGCUUAGUCUGUUGUUCAUUCGUAAUCCCAAAGAGAGGCUGGGCAUGCCCGACUGUGCUGCUGGUCCAAUCAGAUCUCAGGCAUUCUUCAAAAAUAUAGAUUGGGAUCGAAUGGAACUGAGGCAGAUUGAGCCACCAUUCAAACCUAAAAUCAAAUCUGACAAUGACAUAUCAAACUUUGACAAAGACUUCACAAUGGAGAAAGUCCAGCUAACCCCACCAGACAAGGAACUCCUCAAAACAAUGAACCAAAAGAUCUUUCAUGGCUUCACAUUUACAAGUGCAGAGGCAGAUUUCUAAAUUUACAGACAGAAAAAGAGAGAUGCCAGGCCAGGUGAAGCCAAGAGACACUUUUGACAUCCAAGGUCAAAGAUCUGUGAUCCUAAUUAUCCAUGUUUCUUCUUCUGUAAAUAAUGGAGUUCAUUGGAAGCUGUGAUGUUGUGCUGGGUGAUGUAAGGAUCAUCUCAAUGUUUAUAAAAAACAAUUCUCACAAGGGACCAUCUCAAAAUUUAGUAGAUGGACAAAUUGUACAGCAUUGUCUUAGGUAUUAAAUUUUUCAUUUCCUCUUCUGCACAGAAGAGCAAUAUUGAACAUUUGAUGUAACAAUAGAAGUGUCCUAACACUGGAUUUGAUGACAAAUCAUUUGGAGAAAUUGGGGAGAGCAUCAAAAGUGAGAAUUUAUAUAUAUGUUUAGACUUAUGUAGAUUCUGCUCAUAAUUUUUUACUUUGUAGCAUAGAUUAAUGACCAAACAGAAUUUCUUAUUACAUAUUUACACUUUUCUACAAAAUUUGUGCCUUUUGUGAUUUCCCCCAAGCAUUUGUAAGUGUAUGUAUGUAUGUUUAUUGCCAUCAUUUUGAAUACCUGUCAGCCUUUACCGCUGUAUAUUAAUCAAUAAGCAGAGUGACCUUGCCAUGAAAAAAAAGUCAAGAGUUCAAUAACUAAAUAAAAGAAGAGCACAGUCCUGAAAACAAUGAGCCUAAUGUAUAUAAAAAUUUAAUACUGAGUGUAUUUAAAUCUCUAAUGAAUGUAUAUAAGACCUUUUUGUAAAAGAAAAAUGAUGCAUUAAUCAAAAUAUCAUUUACCGUAGACUCUUUUAUGUAAAAUGUAUGAGUGUGUUCAAAAGGACUUUAAGCAUACUUUUCCUUCAUUCUGUUGCUCAAACAGUUCACAGAAAUAAUCCUCUUUUUGACUGCUUUUAAUCUAGUAGUUGCUGUAUUUUGACAUUUUUUAUUUAAACGAAAUCCAUGUAUUAUAUAAUCAUCCAAAGAAAACUGUGUGUUUGAUGGAUUUUCCCAGAUGAUGCAACAGUCGUAUACAUAUUGUGCUGUGCCAUUGUUACUGCAUGCAGAAUUCGUUAUGCACUUUGAAAGUGUACUUUUUAAAAGAGUUUUUAUAUUGCCUUAGUUAUUUAUUGAUGCACGUUUACACCCGAAUUUACAGAAAAAGGGAGAUAAUUUUAAAGAGAAAUAAUAAUAUACAUUUAAGUAUGUCAAAUAAUUGUUCACAUGUCAAAUCAAGGACAAAUGGGCUGAACCUUCACAUGUGUUAGCAAGUAUUUUUAAAAAAAUAUAUACCUUUUUAGUAUAUUGAAGAAAUACAGGUAUAGGACUAUUAGAUUAUUUGUUUUUUAUGUAAUUUUUAAAACUUUAUACAAAAUCAUACUGAAAAUUUAGCUGAUGUUAAAGUGAUGUAAAUUACAGUAUUUUUAUAAAUCUGGCAGUUUUGUAUACUUCCUUGUUUCACAGGGUGCUAAACUUUUUCAACCCCAAAUUGUUUGUUUCCCUUUCAUAUUUCAUAGUUUAUAAUGUUGGACAUCAGAAGCAAAUUUAAAAAAACUGGAUUUUUUCUACAGUAGAAUAUAUGUAUGUACAGCUUUCCACAUUUCCAAGCCUAUUCUUUAAUGUACUGUAUUUGUUUAAUCCUCAGGUAUAUCAAUGAACAAGGAAUUUACAUUUUUCUGUUUCAUAACAUUCAGGCAUUAUAAGAUUGAGUGUGACUAGCAGGUUUCCUAUAUGUUGUAUUCUCAACCCCUGGCUAUUGUACAGUAAAACAUGGAUAUAGCAAACCCCCAGAGAUACACAAUUUCCAACUUCCAGUUCUAAUUGUUAUUCUUUGUUGUACUACAUGUAUGUGGGAUACAGUUACUGUUAUAAGCAGGAGUUCAUUUAAAGCAGUUGUCUGGUGUUUUUGCAAUAAACUUGUUUUACUUUGAGGAGAGUCACUCUGUCAUAUUCAGAAUAGAUGUUCUUUUCUUGUUUGUCAAUGUUGUUGCAAUAAAUGUCAUUAAACUGUACAACAAAUUAAUAAUUAUAAGUUAAUUUGGAUUUCCCAAAUGUUUUAUAUCUUAAUCAGCUGUUAUGUUGAGUGGAUGUUUUGCUUCAGUAUGAAUUAUGAUACAAUAUGUUUUAUCCCUAUUUCAUAAUGUUGAUGAUGUAGUGAUAUGUGAAUGUUUUACACACUAAUACAUGUAUCGACUAACGAUUUAUAAAGAGUAAAAGAAGUUCAUGUUUAAGAAAA